CGCCGGGCCCACCCGAACGUGUGGAUGGAGUCCGUGACGCGUGUCGUGGGUCUGAGGCGGCAGGCCAGGCGGGGCCACGUUGCGCCCCCCCGGAUGCUGCCGCCCACAGCCAGGCUGGGGCUCAAGGCGGCGGAACGGGCGGCAGCACCUCCUCCUCCUCGCCACUUUCUCUCCGGGGGGGGGGCUGACCUCUGGCGCUCCCUGGACGGGCGGCCGAGGGAGGCGCUGCCCGCUGAAGCCGCGCCUGGGAGGAGGCUGCGUUCCUACCCGCCCGCGCGUGGGUCCCGGUGCCUGGAGGCGCUCUGCCGCCGGGCCUGGCUGCCUUCGUCGGGCGUGGGCGCGUUGGGAGCCGGGGGCGCUGCCCGGGCCCGUCUUGGCCCCGGGUCAUGCCCGGCGUUUGCCCCCCCCCCCGCGGUGCCUCCUCGGUCCGCGCAUGAGGCCUGCCGGCGCUGUCGGUGGGCAGUGCCCGCCUUUCCUGCUCUGAGAUGCCAAAGCACCUGAAGAAAGAUGUGACGACUGAUCAUGGCAAGGCCUGCAGCCAGGUGAAUGGCACCAGGGGUCCUCUGAGUGAAAUUGGCAACAAGGCUGUGACCCGAAGACCCAAAGGAGUCAAGGACCCUGUUUCCUCCUCCACGGAAGUGGGCUUGUACCAAGCCUUUUCCCAGAUGCUGCACAGCAACGUAGAAGAUGUUGAUGCUGGUGACCGGGAGGAUCCUCAGCUGUGCAGCGAUUAUGUGAAGGAUAUCUACCGGUACCUGAGACAGCUGGAGGUCCAGCAACGUGUCUCUCCCUUCUACCUCGAUGGCGCAGAGCUCAGUGGGCGGAUGCGCGCCAUUCUUGUUGACUGGCUCAUCCAGGUUCACGCAAGGUUUCAGCUCUUGCAAGAGACUCUCUACAUGUGUGUGGCCAUCAUGGAUCGCUACUUGCAAGCUCAGCCCGUCUCCCGUAAGGAGCUCCAGUUGGUUGGUGUUACCGCGAUGCUUCUGGCUGCAAAGUAUGAAGAGAUCUAUGCACCAAGUAUUUGGGACUUUGUCUACAUGACUGACCAGGCAUACACGUCGGCUCAGAUCCGGGUGAUGGAGCAGAAAAUCCUUAAGGAGCUUAACUUUGCCUUAGGCAGGCCGCUACCUCUCCACUUCCUGAGGAGAACAGCCAAAGUUUCUGAUACAUCUGCUGAAUCAUACCUGCUAGCAAAAUACCUGAUGGAGCUGACCCUUUUGGACUACGAUAUGGUGCAUUAUAACCCUUCUGAAAUUGCCGCUGCAGCGCUCUGCCUCUCUCAGAAGGCCUUCUCGGAAGGCCAGUGGAACCCCAAGCUAUGCUAUUACACUGGAUAUGAAGAGGAGAGUCUUACCCCAGUCAUGAAGCACAUGGCCAAGAAUGUUGUUAGAGUCAACCGGAAUCUAACAAAAUACCUUGCUGUCAAGAACAAAUAUUCUAGCAGCAGAUUCCUGAGGAUCAGCACUCUUCCUCAGCUGAACUCCAGUCCUAUUAAAGACCUUGCAGCACCUUUACUUGCUGAACCCACACAGCCGAUGUGAGUAGCAGCCGGACUGUAUGCCAAGGAAAAGGUGCUCUUUUGGACGUGGCCUCCCGGAGGCCUUUUUAAGGUGGGCACUUGAGAGUUGCUCUUAAACUAAUAUUCCAUAUUAUUGUAAAUAAUAAAGAUAUUGUAGAAGA